UUGCUGCAGCUACAGAGAAGAAUCUUGUGUGAAGGAAGUUUUUUUGAUUUCUUAUGACGGGGAAGAGAUCAAAGACUAAUUGCAGAUCUGCUUCUCACAAGCUGUUCAAGGAUAAGGCUAAGAACCGUGUUGAUGAUUUGCAAGGCAUGCUUUUGGAUCUUCAGUUUGCAAGGAAAGAGAGUAGGACUACUGAUGUUACUCUUCUUGAGGAGCAAGUGAAUCAGAUGCUUCGUGAGUGGAAGUCAGAGCUCAACGAGCCCUCUCCUGCUUCUUCUUUGCAACAAGGUGGUACUCUGGGGUCUUUCUCAUCAGACAUUUGUCGGCUGCUGCAGCUUUGUGAUGAGGAAGAUGAUGCCACCAGCAAAUUAGCUGCGCCCAAGCCUGAGCCUGCUGAUCAGAAUCUGGAAGCUGGCAAAGCUGCUGUUUUCCAAAGGGGAUACAAUUUGGUUCAGGGGAAGUCAGAACAUGGAUUACCAUUGGUUGAUCAUUGCAAAGAUUUGUCCUUAGCAGCUGGUAACAAUUUCGAUGGAACGGCUCCUUUGGAAUUUCAUCAGCAGUUUGAUCUGCAACAAGAGUUUGAACCAAACUUCAAUGGUGGUUUCAACAAUUGUCCCAGUUAUGGUGUAGUGGAGGGUCCUAUACAUAUCUCUAAUUUUAUCCCGACUAUUUGUCCUCCACCCUCUGCAUUCUUGGGUCCAAAAUGUGCUCUUUGGGAUUGCCCUAGGCCAGCUCAAGGAUUCGAUUGGUUCCAGGAUUACUGCAGCAGCUUCCACGCUGCACUGGCUUUCAAUGAAGGGCCACCAGGUAUGAAUCCGGUGGUGCGUCCUGGAGGUAUCGGCCUAAAAGACGGUCUGCUUUUUGCUGCCCUUAGCGCAAAAGCUGGAGGGAAAGAUGUUGGUAUUCCUGAAUGUGAAGGAGCUGCAACUGCUAAAUCUCCAUGGAAUGCUCCAGAGCUCUUUGAUCUCACGGUUCUGGAGAGUGAGACACUAAGGGAGUGGCUAUUCUUUGACAAGCCAAGGAGGGCCUUUGAGAGCGGGAACAGAAAGCAAAGAUCUUUACCAGACUACAAUGGUCGCGGUUGGCACGAGUCACGUAAACAGAUCAUGAUCGAGUUUGGAGGACUGAAGAGAUCUUACUACAUGGAUCCACAGCCUCUGCACCAUUUUGAAUGGCAUCUUUACGAAUAUGAGAUCAACAAGUGCGAUGCUUGUGCCUUGUACAGGCUCGAGCUCAAGCUUGUUGAUGGGAAGAAGAAUUCAAAAGGCAAAGUUUCAAACGACUCUGUGGCUGAUCUGCAGAAGCAGAUGGGAAGACUUACAGCUGAGUUCCCUCAAGAAAACAAUACCAAUAACACCAACAACAACAACAAACGCUGCAUCAAAGGAAGACCAAAAGUGAGCACAAAAGUCGCCACCGGGAAUGUUCAGAACACAGUAGAGCAGGCAAAUGACUAUGGAGUAGGUGAAGAGUUUAACUAUCUGGUCGGAAAUCUAAGCGACUAUUAUAUCCCCUGAGAAGAAAAUGAAAAACUCAGUUCUCUCUAUCUAUGGAGAUUAUGUAUAUAUAACAAGAAGGGGAUGCUGAAGACUGUCCUGGAGUUAGGAAAAGUAAAUGUGACAAAGGAGACUGCUUUUUAAGAUUCAGUCUGUGGAGGUGAAGACAUUUACUGACAUUCCGGUUUAUAUAUUUUGAUGCAUUUUCGACUCUCUUCUGCGUUAUAAUGCAGAUGACAAAUUAUGUAACCGAUGGGGAAUACGGUUUUGAGUAUCAGUGUUGUUCUUAUAGAAUCAUGACGUUGUUCAACGAGAUCAUCGAUCGUGCUCUUACUUAAGUCUAUUUCACAGAUUUGGGGCUUUGUUAAAAAAUUUCUCCGCAGAGC